CACACACACACUGGCUGCACAUGCAUCAAGUGGAACAGAUCCACAGGGCUGCACAGUGGUGAACCAGCAGUGUGUGAUAGAGAGAGAGAAAGAGAGAGAGGUGUGGGGGGGUGGAGAGAGAACGAGAGAGAGAGAGAGAGAGAGAGAGAGAGAGAGAAAGAGAGAGAGAGCAUUUACUCUCCCUCUCACCAACUGCAGGGAAGCACCAGUGUGGAGAAGUUGCAUGAAGCAAGAGGUUCCGUCUGAGGACUUUCUUCACAGUUUGACCAUGGAAGCCAAGAAGUGGAGGUAGAAGAAGAAGAAGAGGAAGAAGAAGAAGAAGAAGAGGAAAAAGAAAAAGAAGAAGAGGAAAGACAGAAGUCUGGCUGAAGAAGAGAGCAGAGUUUCAUCCGAGGGAUUACUGGACAUUUUAUAUAUGAGCUCCUGUCAUGGUGAUAUCCUGCCUGAUCGUCUCUCGCUGACAGGAGCCUCUCUGUUUCUUGGAUUUCCCGGGGAUCAAAGUUUGUUUUCAGAGCAGUGUGUGAGUGUGUGAGUGUGUGUGAGUGUGUGUGUGAAUGAAGUGUGCGGAAGCAGGAAACAUGUCAAGCGGACGUUUCAGUCACCUGUUGAGGGGAGUCUGGCUGCUGUGGCAAGUUGUGUUUGUGGCUGGGACCGGGAGUAAACUAUGGGAGGUGCCUUCGGCCUCCUUCACCUCCUCCUCCUCCUCCAACCUCAGUGAAGGCCUGCAGUGGCUGCCCCACUGUCAGUACCGCCACCCACAGGAGAGAGUGAGAAUCACAGCGGACGUCCCCCCAAGACUGGACGGCACAUGGGUGUCAACAAGAUGUGAGGUUCGGCCCGGUCCAGAGUUCCUCACCCGCUCCUACACCUUUCACCCCAGCCGUCACUUCCAAGCCCUGCAGCACUACUACGCCGACAGCAGCUGCGAGGACCCGGCCUACUCCCUGAUGAUCUGGGGGAAGCUUCGUCUGCGCCAGGCCUCCUGGAUCACCCGCGGAGGCACCGAAGCUGAACACCACCCGAGCAAGGUGGGCAUCGUGGUCCACAGCCUGGCAGCCAUUCAGAGGCUGUCCUCCAGGCUGCCUUCGUCCUGCGUGGGCCAGACCCUGAGUCGAGUGGUGCCGGGGAAGCUGUACGAACUGUACAACACCCGGGCAGGGAGGGGGUGUCUGGCAGCGCUGGGUUUCUCCAUGAUGGAGAUGGGUCUGAUUCGGGUGGAGACGCAGCAUCACAGCCAUGGAGGGAAGAUCCAGGAGCUGUUCUUAGGAGACAUCCACACUGACUGGACCCAGAGAACUCAGUAUAGACCCACAGGGUACCAGCAGCCACUGCAGAACGCCAUGCAUCACAUCCACCCCUGCCCCGUGUGUGCUCUGGUGUACCGCUCCUCAGAGCAGCGCCCCCCGGUGUUGCCUCGCAGCCCUGCAGCCCCUCUCACUCUGGCCGGCCGUUGGGUCAGCCAGCACUGUGAGACCCGUCCCACCGUCCUCUUCCUCACUCGUGACUUCACCUUUGACCCCGACCAGCACGCAUGGGAGGGCACCUACCAUCACUACUCCGACCCCGCCUGCUCACAGCCCACGUUCACCCUGAGAGCUUCUGGCCACUACGCUCAGGGAAACCCCUCGGUCAAGGUCUCAGGAGCCACAGAGUUGGUCUUCAAGGUCACCCAGGUGAGAGUCACGGCCAUGGAGGAGCCCACAGCCAAGCUGCUGAACGGCACCAGGCCAGGAAAGUGUGGUCGGGCCGGACACUGGGAGGUCGGAGUGGAGCAGGACUUGACCCCCACUGACGGGUGCACGGUACUGGGCAUCAAGCUGCCGCACAAGGAGUACGAGCUCUUCAAGUCCGAGCUGGACCACAGGAAACACCCCCUGCUGUUCAUCGGAGAGAGGCCCACCGAUGGGUCCAGUCCCGACCGACCGCAGCGGAGACCCACUUCCUUUCAAGCUCCCAUGGUGCCUUGCAGCGGAGGAGACACACAGCGCUCUCAUCGCUAUGGAUCAGGAUUUAACAACAAGCAAGUCCAGUUACCAGCCAAUGGGACGGAGAGACGGGCACAGCUGAUGUUGCUGUUGUUUGCAUCUUUGCUGUGCAGCUUGUUCUAGAGACUAAUUCAACCUGUUUCGCAGCUAAAGUCAUUAACGGACAUUUUCUGGAAGCUCUCUCUCCCUCCUCCUCCUCAUGAUGACGACCACAUGUGUGAUGGUCCAGAAAAAAUGACGAGACAUUCAAGAGAGCUCAGUCAUUUUUUUAAUAUCUGGCUUCCAGAUGCUGCCUGUAGGUUCACUUUAAUGACUCUUAACUUCAGCUGCAUUUCUACCUAAAAACUAAUUUGUAUAUAAACCUUCAACAUAUAUACAGGUGGCAUAAUUUCAAUAUGUAAAAAUACAUUUAUAUACUUUUAAACCAUGUUCCUUGAGUAUAAUGAUCAAAAAGCUGUUCUCACUUCACAGAUCAAUUCUUGUAUUUUGCAUAAAUCCUGUUUUCCUGUAAUAACAUUAUAACAACGAUGAAACAGGGAAUCAGUUAUUUCCACAUGGGAUGAAAGCCAUGGACAUUCCAGUGGACUUUUCCCCAUGAUGCAGUUUGACUAAUGCACUUUGUACAUAUCUUUUUUUUUUAUAUAUAUAUAAACAUACUGGAAAGAAAAGAAGAAGACGUAGAAAAUGUCUGCACUCUAACACAUAUCCUCUUCAUCGGUCUGAUCCCACUGUGGAGUGAAAUGUGGCCUCAUCUCUUCCCCAGAGAGCGCGUUAGUCUGCUCUUCUAUCAACUGUCAAGAUAAAUCAGAAGAAUAUUUAUUUUAACCAUCUAUAAUGUACUUUUUGAUAAAAAAGAUGUGGGUCUAAUAUUUUUUGUUAGUUUCACCAUUUAAGAAAGUGAUUCUUUUCUAUGUGUAUUAAAAAAUUACUUUUCAUAA